UUAGUGUGUCAUCUAUUUAAUUGCUAUUGUCAUUUGUCAAAAAAGUGCUGGAAUAUUUGAGAAAACGUGUGAUUUUUCCUGAACUAUCCUGCAAUAUGUUCGAAAUUGAGUAAAACCAGAGCAAGUUACACAAGUAUUCAACAUGGCUCGUCACCGUGACUUUCGAAACAGGACUUUCUCAGACGACUACGACGACGACGAUGUUUAUGGACACUCGGUGGAAGAAGAUAGUUGUAUGUCGCCAAGCGACGCAGCACAGUGGAUAUACGACCGCAGCCGUAACCAGCAGAUUCAGUUCUUGCAGAACCAUAAUAACAUCCAAGAAGAGACUGAAGAAGACUUGGCAGACACAAGUUUCUCUUCACAGGAGCGACGUGAAUCCAUUGACUUACGAAGCCUAAACCUCGAUGAAGAAGACGAAGCCAAGCUUAUGUCUUGCUUAGAUGAACUUAGAAAUGUUAUCGGUGAAGCCGUUGCAGACAACAUUCUCAUACAAACUGUAAUUAAGCACAAUUUUGAUUUCAGUAAGUCCCUUGAUGACAUAUUGAAUAGAAAAACUAAGGAACCUGAGGUUCCUAAACCAGAACUUGUGAAACCUGUAGUCCUCAUAGAUCCUGUAAAAGCUCCAGUUAUAACCACUGUAGAGAAUACUCCAAAAGUUGUAGCAACUAAUUUAGAACCAAAGACUGUUGGUGUUGUUAAGGGAUUCAAAGUUGGACAAGAUGGCAGCUCUAGCAGUCAACCUCAGACACCUAGAGACCAAUCACCUUGCACAGAGAGGUUAUCAAAGACUGAACAAGUUGAUGAGAUUAAAUCAACACCCAAGGUAAAAGAAAAUAAAGUAGAUGCCAAUGCAUUGUAUGUAAAUGAGAGAGGAUCAGAUAAGGACCACCUGUACAUAGUAGUAAUAGGCCAUGUUGAUGCUGGCAAGUCUACUCUGAUGGGCAGACUGUUGUGUGAAAUGGGAGAAGUUAGUCAAAAAACUCUGCACAAAUAUGAACAAGAAAGUAAGAAAAUUGGCAAACAGAGCUUCAUGUAUGCUUGGGUGUUAGACGAAACUGGAGAAGAAAGAGUAAGAGGCAUCACUAUGGAUGUAGGAAGAGCUCAGUUUGAAACAAAGACAAAAAGAGUUAUAAUACUAGAUGCACCUGGUCAUGCAGACUUUAUUCCCAAUAUGAUAACAGGUGCUGGUCAAGCAGAUGUUGCUUUACUAGUGGUGGAUGCCACUAGGGGAGAAUUUGAGUCAGGCUUCGACUUGGGAGGUCAGACGAGGGAGCAUGCUCUACUAGUGCGGUCACUUGGAGUAAGUCAACUUGCUGUAGCUGUUAACAAAUUAGACACAUCCAAUUGGUCUCAAGAAAGAUUCAAUGAGAUCACUAAGAAACUAAAAACAUUCUUGAAACAAGCUGGCUUCAAAGACUCUGAUGUCACUUAUGUACCAUGUUCGGGAUUGACAGGGGAGAACUUGGUGAAGUCCCCAACAGAAGCUGAGUUACUAAAAUGGUACAAUGGACCUUGCCUGUUAGAUGUUAUUGAUAAAUUCAAUGUUCCUGAGCGACCUGUGUCAAAACCUUUGCGCUUAUCUAUAAAUGAUGUGUAUAAAGGUACUGGUUCUGGCUUCUGUGUGGCAGGCCGCAUAGAGAAUGGUGUAAUCAACAAAGGAGACAAAGUUCUAGUGUGCCCCACUAAGGAAAUGGCUGAAGUUAGGAAUAUAAGCAUUAAUGAAAUGCCAAGCAAUGUUGCUUUUGCUGGAGACCAAGUCAGUGUGACAUUGACUGGAGUGGACAUGCAGAAUGUUUCUGUGGGAUAUGUAUUGAGUGAUCCUAUUCAGCAAGUUCCUGUCACCACAAGGUUUGAAGCCAGAAUUGUAGUUUUUAAUGUGAAAGUACCUAUUACAAAAGGAUUUCCGGUACUCAUUCAUCAUCAAUCACUGGUUGAGUCUGCAAAUAUUGUGAAAUUGAAGGCGUUAUUGAACAAAAGUACUGGAGAGUUGGUAAAGAAGAAGCCUCGCUGUUUGGGUAACAACUGUGUGGCUGUUGUUGAGGUAGAGGUGUGUCGGCCGAUCUGUGUGGAGCGGUACAAGGAUGUGAAGGAGUUGGGACGCGUGAUGCUCCGCGUCGCUGGUACUACGAUAGCUGCUGGUCUUGUCACUGACAUAGUCAACACAUGAUUGAUCUGAUAAGAUACCAUUGUUUGAACUUUAAAUGUUAUGGCAUCUAAAGUACAUGACUGUAGUCCUAAAAUAACGAUAGAUAAUGAGAGUAUGAUUAUAGAGUAUAUAGAGAUGGUUGCAUAGUUGAUGAUUUAUAAUUUUUAUAAAAUAUUUUUGUCAGUCUUCCAUUAUUUUGUUUAUAAUGGAUUUUUUUACGUCAUCAGAUGCUAUCUUCAGUGUAAUUUGGUACUAUGUGACAUUAUGAUUUUUAACACCCUUUUGGGUGCUAAUUCAAUUAGGCAAUGUGACUUUUUUAUUUUGUUGUUCAAAGCCUUAUGUAAUAGUUGCCAUAACAUGAAUCACGCUGCUGUGUACAAUACUGUAUUGUGCUUUAUCAAGUGAUUGUAUUUAAUUAUUAAAUAUUAUUUAUAAUGCAAAUAAAUUUGUUGUAAUACU